AUGUCGACCACCAAUGAAAUUCGAUCGAAUCAUCGAAAUUAUAGUCUUGAUCUAACUAAUCGCAUAAAAAUAGUUGAUCUGGCAAAUUCGCCGUCUUCUUCAUCUGCUAAAAUAUUAUCAACAACUAUGUCAGGAGGUGCUACUGUAUUGAGAAAACAAUCAUCGAUUUCACAACCGGCUGCAAGACAAAUUCAUCAUCAUCAUCAUAAUAUUUUAAGUCCACAAGCUUUAGCGGUUAGUUUAUGUUUUGGAAGACAUACCUUAUUGAUUGAUUUUUGUCCUAAUGUAAGUUCCAAAAAUCAUCAGAAGAUUCUUUGGAGUUUGUAGGUGAUCCUAGAAAACCCAGGAAUGGUGCCUAUAGAUCUUGUUUCUCUCUAGAUCCUGAUUGUGAGUUCCAAAAAAUACCCGAACAAGUUCUGAGCUGAAAAUCCACAUGGAUAUUUCAAGAAGAUUUUUCUAAGCCAGAAUAUGAGUUUUAUCAAAUUUUUAAAAUUUCAAAAAUUCAUAUAGCUUACAAAGAGUUCGAAUUUCGAAAAAUCUAAAGAAUCAAGGAUUCUGCGCCUAUAUUUCUAAACUGUGAAAUGUUUUUGUUUCUUUGAAAAUUCUCAGAUGGACUCCCAAAUCGAAUUCUAUUCAGGGGUUGCUCAUUUUAAAUAUUUUUUUUCAAAAGUUGAUGUGAUCCUGUUGUUUUUCAUUGCUCAGAGCACACUUCUGCAGCGGAAUUUUUGAAAUUCUCAUCUUCGCCUUCUAAACUACAUCCCAUCUAGAUUCUAUUCUCAAUCCGAACCCCCGACCCCCGACCCCUGAAAUUCAGAAAUCUCUUUUUAGCAUGUCUCCCAUCUUGUGUUUUUGUCGUAAAUCUUUUGUUUUUAUUAUGAUUCGAUUCGAUGUGAGUAGUCAAUCUUCUCGUAAAGUUAUUGUUCUCAAAAAAGUAUUUUUCUUCAUUCUCUAUUUUGUCGAAUAAUUUAUAACCCUUCCCCCCGUUUUUUUCUGCUCCUCGAACAUAUUUCUUCUUUCCGGCCGGUGUGGUUCAUUCCAUUCCAUUCCAUCAUAUUUUUUAUUAUUCGCAUUGCCCUCCUCAACUUUUUCCCCAUUUUUUUUUUCUUGAAAGUCGACACAUUCGUUUCUUUUGAUUAGUUUUGUCCCGUGUCCUUUUUAAUUUUCUCCAAAAAAAAUUGUUUUUCUGUCAUCCCGCUUUUUCCAUUAUGAUGAUGAUGAGCAAUCGCAAAAUUUUUCUUUGCAAAAAAAAGUUUCCAUGGAGAAAUGGGAAACGGAGACAAAGAGUACUGUAGAUCUGUCUGGACUUGGAAAAUUUUAAAUUGUCGUGGAUCAGGCUGGAGCUGGGCAGCUAAUUUUUGAGCCAAGAUCCGAUGUCUGAACUUUGAUCCAAAACAUCUGUGCUCACAUCAGAGAACCUUUUUGAAUCAAGAAUGGUUGCAGUUAAAACUGUGUGCGGUAGUUGCAUUUAAGCCACGCCCACUUGAGAAAAAUUCUGCGGAAAUUCGAAAUAUGCUUUCUAGACUUGUAGAAACUUCGAAAAAUCAGAUUUUAUGAUUUUUGAAAACUAAACUGGGACGUUCCCAUGUGUCAACCAAAUUUCGGGUCCCUACCAACAGGAUUUCUGAUUUCUGACCUUAUAAAUGUGGAGCCUCUGAAGUGUGAGGACUCAAAAUGACACCUGUUUUUGGUUCAUCUAAAAAAUUAAUGCAAAUUAGAAUAACUCUCUUGAGAUUGUCUAUUUGGAAAAAUAUUUUCAUAAUUCAUUCUGUUCACCUGAUGCUUUUCUUUUCUUUUUCCACUGUACGUCACUAACUUCUUUGAAAUUCUGAAUAAUUUAUUUGUUUCAUUUUAACAAAGACAUAAGUGUGAAUCUCUACAGUAACAAAUGAAUAAUUAAAACUGGAAAAUUUGCCAAAAUGUGUGAAGCAGCAAAAUAUGUUCUUCUUCUUCUUCGUUUUUUCGCUUCUUUCUUUUUUAGUUAAUAAGAAUUCUAGCUGCUCCUAGCAACGAGCUAGCUCAAAAAAGGAGCACACACACACACAAUGAAAUGAGCUCACACUUUUUUUGUUUUUUCUCUACCGAUCGACAAGAAAGUAACUAACCGACUGACUGAAAGACUGACUGACUCCAAUAUAUAUUACUAGUAGUUUAUUACUAUUAUGAUUGAUGAAACUGUUCUAGUUCCAAUGAUAGAUUUAGUUGGAUCUUCUGAAGAUGAAGAUGGAGAGAAUAAAAAUCAUCGGCAAACUAAAAAUCUUCGAAGAUCAACACUUUUAUUACCAUCGCAUUUAUCGAAUAUUGAAAUGAUUCGAAGACAUUCAAUACAAAAUGGAAAAGCGAUUAUGAAUCAUCGAACAAGUAGUAGUUUAUCACUUUUGAGUCCACCUUUAAUGGCUCCAAGUCCAUUUUCUGAUAUAACAACAUCUUCGAGAAGACCGCUUGUUUCAAAACAUUCGAAUUCGAGUAUGAUUGGAGGGGAGAAAAAGACGAAACCUGUGGCGGAUAUUGCUCAUGUUAGUUUUUUUGGAUAUUUUUUCACGAAGAGGGUUUGGCAAAAUUGAAACUCUUCUAUUUAAAUAUUUUGGGCCGUGGAAGAGAAAACCAAAUUUGUUUUUUUAGUGGAAAUAUUUGGUUUUCUAG